UCAACCGUAGUUCUUCCUUUCUCUAUCUCUCUCUCCAGCUACCCGAUAGGCGUGUACCUGUUGCGGUUGGAGGGUGGGCGUCUCCUCCGCUUCGUCUUCAGACCCCUGCUUCGCUUUCAUGGAGCCCCAGCUUCCCUCGAUUUAGGGUUUCUCUGGUAUCGUCGUCGUCAUCAACAAGGAUGGGCGUUCUUUCCCUGUCGAACCCCGGCUUCGCAGCUCCUUUCCUCGGCCAAAAACUUGGAACUUUAAAGAAGCCGGCGUCUUCUGGUGCCAUCGUCCGGACGCCUAGAUGUGCACUUGAAGGUAGUGCUCCAACAUUUCCUCGACUCAAUGUUUGGGAUCCUUAUAAGCGCCUUGGUAUCAGCACUGAUGCCUCCGAGGAAGAAAUCUGGGGUUCGCGGAAUUUUCUCCUACAGCAGUACUCUGGACAUGAGCGUAGUGAAGAGUCGAUAGAAGCUGCUUUUGAGAAAUUACUGAUGGCAAGCUUUCAGCAAAGAAAGAAAACAAAAAUCAAUUUAAAAAGCAGAUUAAAGAAGAAGGUUGAGGAGUCACCACCUUGGGUCCAGAAUCUACUCAAUUUUGUUGAACUUCCUCCAACUGAUGUUAUAUUUAGAAGAUUAUUUCUCUUCGCAUUUAUGGGUGGGUGGAGCAUAAUGAACUCCGCUGAAGGUGGACCGGCAUUUCAGGUGGCAGUCUCUUUGGCAGCUUGCAUAUAUUUCUUGAAUGAGAAGACAAAAAGCUUAGGUAGAGCUUUUGCUAUUGGACUGGGAGCACUUGCAACUGGCUGGGUUUGUGGAUCUGUCCUUGUGCCAAUGAUCCCAACAUUUCUAUACAACCAACCUGGACGCUUGAACUCUUAACAUCGCUAGUGGCAUAUGUGUUCUUAUUUCUUGGCUGUACCUUUCUCAAGUGAUGGUCUUUAACAAUAGUGGCACUGGAAUUUUGUUGCAUCCAGAGUUUGUCAAGUGACUAAUAUGCAUUGCAAAUUCAACUGUUUGAAAAUGUUGGGCUUCCAUUUCAUUUCCA